AAACUAACAACUUCCUCUGUGAGUCCAGCUACAGAAGAGAAGAGUGGGAAACUCCAGCACUGCUGCUUCAACCUGCUGACACACUGAAGUUUCUCUCGGAGACGAAAUGAAUUUCAGGCCAGAGGAGGGUCUCUGCUGUCUGCUCUGUUGUGACAUCUUCAUAGAUCCUGUUCUUCUGCCCUGUAGCCACAGCUUCUGUAAAGACUGUCUGAAGAGCUGGUGGAGAGAGAAACUAACACGACACUGUCCAGUUUGUAAGAGAAGAGCUCCAAAGGCCGUCUUACAGGAGAGAGAGCAGAAAUCUUCACAGACAUUAAAACUUCUCUGUCUUGACCAUCAGCAGUCAGUCAAACCCGUCGAUGAAGUUGCAGAUGAAUACAGGAUGGAACUUCAGGAAACUCUGGAGCCCUUGAAGGAAAAGUUAAGGGUUUUUAGACAAAUUAAAGGGAAGUUUGUUCAAACAGCAGAACACAUUAAGUUCCAGGCCCAAGACAUAGAGAGGCAGAUUAAGGAGCAGUUUAAAAAGCUUCACCAGUUUCUAGAGGAGGAAGAGAAGGUCAGGAUGGCUGCAGUGAGAGAGGAAGAGAAGCAGAAGAGUCGGAUGGCGAUGGGUAAGAUAGAGGCUCUGAGCAGAGAGAUAGCAGCUCUUUCAGACACAGUCAGAGCCACGGAGGAAGAGCUCAGAGCCGAGGACAUCUCAUUCCUGCAGAACUACGAGGCUGCAGAGGAAAGAGUCUGGCGGUUCUCCCUGCUGGAUGAUCCAGAGCUGGUCUCAGGAGUUCUGAUAGACGAGGCCAAACACCUGGGCAACCUGACCUUCAACAUCUGGAACAAGAUGAAGGAUACUAUGGUCUCUUACACGCCUGUGGUUCUGGAUCCAAACACUGCUCAACCAGGACUCAGUCUGUCUGAAGAUCUGUCCCGUGUGAGACGAGGGCAGAAACAGCAGCUUCCCGACAAUCCAGAGAGGUUUGAUACUCACUCGUCUGUCCUGGGCUCCGAGGGCUUCGUCUCAGGGACUCACAGCUGGGAUGUGGAGGUUGGAGACAGUACAGACUGCCUGGGCGUGUUAGCAGAGUCUGUCCGUAGGAAGGGAGACAUACUGUCUGGAUUAUGGAUAAUAUGGUUCUGUGGCGGUAAAUACUCAGCAUGGUCACCCUCAGCUCCGGUCACUGAUCUCCCAGUGCAGCAGAAGUUCAAGAGGAUCAGAGUGAAACUGGACUGGGACAGAGGAAAGCUGUCUUUCUCUGAUCCUGAUACGAACACACACAUACACACCUUCACACACACUUUCACUGAGAAGUUGUUUCCAUACAUUGAAACUCUGCAUAAACUCCCAGUGAAGAUCUUACCACUGAAGGUCUCUGUGACAGUGGAACAUGGAUGAUUAUAUUUUUAAUGUUUAUUUCUUAAAGGGGAAUAUAAUAUAUAUGUUAUGU